AUGAAGCUUUCAACGUCAGGCUUGGGUCAUCAGGGACAUGAAGGAGGAGGAGGGGAGAAGAAGUGUCUGAAUUCUGAGCUAUGGCAUGCAUGUGCGGGGCCCUUAGUGUCCCUACCAACUGCAGGAACUCGUGUGGUUUACUUCCCUCAGGGUCAUAGUGAGCAGGUAUCUGCCACAACGAACCGUGAAAUCGAUGGGCACAUACCGAAUUACCCGAGCUUGCCACCUCAGUUGGUUUGCCAGCUUCAUAAUGUCACUAUGCAUGCAGAUGUUGAAACAGAUGAAGUAUAUGCUCAAAUGACACUACAGCCGUUGACUCCGGAGGAGCAAAAGGAUACAUUUCUUCCUAUGGAAUUGGGAAUUCCAAGUAAGCAGCCCUCUAACUAUUUUUGCAAGACUUUAACCGCCAGUGACACCAGCACGCAUGGAGGAUUCUCUGUUCCUCGUCGUGCAGCUGAGAAAGUUUUUCCUCCGCUGGAUUUCUCACAGCAACCACCAGCACAAGAACUAAUUGCUAGGGAUCUCCAUGACGUAGAAUGGAAGUUUCGACACAUUUUUCGAGGUCAGCCAAAACGACACCUUCUUACAACAGGCUGGAGCAUAUUUGUUAGUGCCAAGAGACUGGUUGCUGGAGAUUCUGUGCUUUUCAUAUGGAAUGAGAAGAAUCAGCUUCUUUUGGGAAUUCGUCGAGCCAAUAGACCACAAACUGUAAUGCCAUCAUCAGUUUUGUCCAGCGACAGUAUGCACAUUGGACUUCUGGCAGCCGCUGCUCAUGCUGCAGCAACUAAUAGCUGUUUUACUGUCUUCUAUAAUCCAAGGGCUAGUCCGUCUGAGUUUGUCAUACCACUUUCGAAAUAUAUCAAAGCUGUGUACCAUACACGUAUUUCUGUUGGUAUGCGCUUUAGGAUGCUUUUCGAGACUGAAGAAUCAAGUGUCCGCAGGUACAUGGGUACAAUAACUGGGAUAAGUGAUCUGGAUGCGGUUCGGUGGCCGAGUUCUCAUUGGCGUUCUGUUAAGGUCGGUUGGGAUGAAUCAACAGCAGGAGAGAGACAGCCACGGGUUUCAUUAUGGGAAAUCGAGCCUUUAACAACAUUCCCAAUGUAUCCAUCAUUGUUUCCCCUCAGAUUGAAACGACCGUGGCAUCCUGGCACCUCUUCUUUGCUUGAUGGAAGAGAUGAUGUGGCAAAUGGUCUGAUGUGGAUGAGAGGUGGACCUGCAGACCAAGGUCUCAAUUCUCUUAAUUUUCAAGGUGCUGGUGGCAUGUUACCAUGGAUGCAGCAGAGACUAGAUCCAACUUUACUCGGAAACGAUCAUAAUCAACAAUAUCAAGCCAUGUUGGCGGCAGCUGGAAUGCAGAAUAUGGGUAGUGGAUAUCUCAUGAGGCCACAAAUGAUGAAUUUUCAACAACAGCCUAUCCAGUACCUUCAGUCUGGAAACAAUAAUUCGCCUUUGCAACUUCAACAACCACACGCAAUUCCACAAUCAGUGUCCUCUAAUAUGAUGCAACCACAAGGCCAAGUGCUUACUGAAAACCUGUCUCAGCACCUCCUUCAGAAAACAAAUAACAAUCAAGAAGUCCAAGGUCAACAGCAGCAACAUGGUUAUCAAGAUACACUUCUUAUUCAAAAUGAUCAACUCCAUCAGCGACAACAACAACAGUCCAAUGCGCCAUCACCAUCGUAUACAAAACAAGAUUUCCUGGAUUCAAACUUGAAGUUUCCUGCUUCGGCUUCCUCCGGACAAAACAUGCUUGGUUCGCUUUGCAAUGAAGGAACUGGCAAUCUCUUGAAUCUAUCAAGUCUAUCCAGAAGCGGUCAGUCGUUGAUGACCGAACAGUUACCCCAACAAUCAUGGACUCAGAAGUAUGGGAAUAUGCAGGUCAACGCGUUUAGCAACACAAUGUCGCAUGCACAAUUUUCUGGAAAAGAUUUGGCAGUGGUGCCACAUUGUGAUUCAGAUACUCAAAACCAUACUCUCUCGGGUGUCAAUAUCGAUUCAUCUGGCCUUCUACUCCCCACCACUGUCCAAGGUUACACCACUUCGUCCGCUGACACUGGUGCGUCAACGAUGCAGUUAGGGGAGUCGGGAUUUCAGAGUUCUCUAUACGCCUGCAUGCAAGAUUCAUCUUCAUUUUUGCAAAAUGCAGAGCAAAGCGACCCACAAAACCAGAACCCAACAUUUGUGAAGGUUUACAAAUCGGGUUCGGUUGGUCGUUCACUUGACAUCUCUCGGUUCAACAGCUAUCGUGAGCUGCGAGAGGAGUUGGGUCAGAUGUUUGGAAUUGAGGGGAAGUUAGAAGACCCUCUUAGAUCAGGCUGGCAGCUUGUGUUCGUCGACCGGGAGAAUGAUGUGCUUCUCCUUGGCGACGAUCCGUGGGAAUCAUUCGUGAAUAACGUUUGGUAUAUCGAAAUACUUUCACCGGAAGAUAUUCAGAAGAAGAUGGGAGAGGAAGCGGUAGAAACGCUUGCGCUAGGUUCAGGACAGAGGCUCAACGGCACUGGUGAAUCUCACCACGUGGUUUCUGGACAACCACCAUCAAUUGGCUCACUUGAAUACUGA